UAGGAUUUUGCAGUCGUGUCCUUUUUGGACAAGCGUCAUCUUUGGGGGUCUCUUCUCAAGUUUGGACCAUUCCAUUCAGACCUGUGCAUCGUUCUUUGGCAGGACACGUCACCGUUGAGAGAGAACAUCGGGGACUCAGCUGGCAUCAACACAAAUAAAACAAAAUGCCUGGACCAGCAAUAAGUGCAACCAGUGUGGGGGCGUCCAGCCGUUCCCCCAGUAAGACGGUGGCCCCCCGUGCAGCAGGCUCCACAGUCAGACAGAGAAAAGCAACCAGCAGCGGUACCCGCAGUGGUGGCAGGACCACAUCGGCUGGUACCGGGGGAAUGUGGCGCUUUUACACCGAGGACUCGCCGGGUCUCAAAGUUGGCCCAGUGCCAGUGCUGGUGAUGAGUCUGCUCUUCAUUGCCUCCGUCUUCAUGCUUCACAUCUGGGGUAAAUACACUCGCUCUUAAGGCCCAGCCCGACAACUUGUGACCCCGCACCUCGCCAUCUUAACACAUCGUACCAGGACCAAACCCCAGAUGACCUCCUCCAGCUUUGCCACGCGAGCAUGUAAAAAAUGGAUUUUUAUGGAAGACGUUUUCUGCACUCGCGCUGUCAUUCAGGUGCCAGUUGUUUCAAAUGCAAGCUAAAUGCUCAGUGCAAGCGCUCAAAGACAAUUCAGUUGACUCCAGGCAACCCAAAAUGGUUUAAUCACUUUUUUUCGAUGAGCAGCAUUUUUUUGGGCUGGGGAUAGGUUUACUGAACUAAACUUAUGUUGAUUAAAAAAGGAGCACUAGAUUCCAUUAUAUCAAAAAGAAAAUACAUGAAAUAUUGAAUUCCAUAUGUAAAAGAGAAUACACGAAAUCCUGGAGAAAAAAAAACAAUGUACGCAACAUGAUGUUCAAUACGGAUAGGAAGAAGUCUAAAUGAUCUUUUUCCAAACCACAAUUUAAAAAAAAUAUAUAUUUUCACAAGUCUCCAGUUUAUUUGCUGAAACUUGUCAAAUUCAAAGUGAUCGUACGGCAUGAAAUAAAGGGGGGGGGGGGGAAUUUUGAAUUGUCGACACGCAUGAAAUGUGUACAAAAUGUCAUUUUUACUGUACAAAUAAAAAGGAACAAAAACAAA